AUUGUAUAAUUAACCUUUUUGCGUUUUAAUUAUGCCUUUUAAACGUUCCCCCAUGCGCUAUGCGCACAUUAUGGGUUACACCAGCGUAGUUUACCAGGAGGAUGGGCAGUGCAUUAUCAGUGUAGGAUAUGAUGGAGAUAUACGUAUAUGGAAUGGAAUUGGAGAUGAUGAUCCUCCGACCAUCUGCGUUGGAGAACACGUUUGGGCAGUGCAACAGUACGGCGAUCGAGUGCUUAUUGCCACGGAUCUGAAUACCGUACAAGCCUACAAAUAUCCUUCCUUGGAUAAGGAUGGUAUAGAGUUUCGUUUUACUGCUUACGUGACCUGCCUGGCGAAAAAUAAACGGUUCAUUGUCGCUGGUUCCGAGGAUGCAACAAUCAAAGUGUUAUCGCUAGACGAUGGAGAACAGUUCGAGCUGGAGAAUCUUGGUGGUCCAGUGUUGAGUAUUGACGUAAGCAAACGUGAUCUGUUGGCCGCCAGUACCGGUGAUGGCAAAAUUCAUGUCUGGGACAUGAAAACCAAGGAACUGAAAAAAACAAUAGAAGGAUUGCCAAAGGUGAAAAGUUUUGAGGGCGUUAUGCAAUUUUCUUCUCCCUCAUUCGACCCGAAAACGGGAGCACUGCUUGCCUAUCCUAAUGAAAAGGAAGUAGUCGUUUUGAGCACAUCCAGCUGGGAGGUGGUUAAGAAAUACGUCCAUCCGAAACUGUCCACCAAGCUGACUGUGUGUAGUUUUUCUCCGAUGGGGGACUAUAUAGCGGCUGGGAGCGUAUCGGGUAUCGUUUGCAUUUGGGACUGUGAAACCAGCAAACCCGUAGAAGGUGAAAAUCCAUUCGAAGCAAACUCAAUCACGAAGUUAGUCUGGAAUCCCAAGAAUAAUGGCGAACUAGCGAUUUCGGACGGAAAUGGGCAGGUGGGCACGGUAACGGACAUUUUCAUCGAAACUGGCGAAGAGGACGUCGAUGGGGAAGAUAUUGUAUUGAUGGCCGAGAAGGAAGCUGAGAAUGACAAUGACGAUGGUUUCGAUGAUCUGUUCGCUGCACAUACUAAACCGGAUGAAAAGGACAGAGGCAAGAAAGUUUCGCAUGAUAAUAAACAUACUAAAUCGGAUGAAAUGGACAGUGACAACGAAGAGUCGGAUGACGCAUUAAACGAAAACUGUUUCGAGCUGGAAAAGCUAAAGUCUCAAAUUAUGGGCCCGACACAAAAAUCCGACGGUCCAAUGUCCGAUGCGGGAUUUGACGACGAUGAUGAACGUGAAACGAUGCACAGUGAGCGGCUGGUAGUGCCCAAGUCUUUCCCUCAGCAGUCCCCCUUUCAGCCUAGUUCUACACCAUACUCGCUGGAGCAUUGCUAUCUGGUGUAUAAUCACGUCGGAAUCGUGCGAAAACACGCGACCGACAAGGAGAACUCGAUUGAGGUAGAGUUUCACGAUGCCCAGCUUCAUCAUGGCAUUCAUUUGAACAAUUUCCUAAACCAUACGAUGGCAGGACUAAGCGAAACCGUACUAGCUAUGGCUUGUCCAAACGAAGAUGGAAACCCAAGCAAGAUCGUGUGCAUUAAUCAGGCUGCGUUUGGAAAGCGCGAGUGGACCUACACGAUGCCACGAUGUGAGGAAAUCAUAGCUGUUACCGCAUCGGAUAAGAUUGUUGUCGUCGCCACAGACAGCCGCUUGCUGCGAGUGUAUACGGCACGUGGAACCCAACGGGAAGUGAUUUCCGUAGCGGGACCAAUUGUCGCCCUCGCUGCGUACGGGGAUCACUUUCUAGUAGCGUAUCACAAUGCUCCGGCCAACGAGGACCAGCACAUCAGUUUGAUGAUAGUGACAUGUGUGAAUUUCAAGUUGCGCUGUCGUGAAGUGCGUGUACCUCUCUCAGCCGGGUCGGAGAUGCGAUGGAUUGGGUAUUCGGAUCGAGGAUCACCCGUUGUUUAUGAUAGUGCGGGUGUACUCAACAUUUACCAUGCCAACUACAACCUUUGGUUCCCGAUUUAUAAUGCUGAAAAUUUGCCAUCGAAAAACGCUUCAGAUAGUUUGUUCAUCGUCAAGGUUUCGGAAUCGACACAGGACGUGCAGCUGGUAUUGUGCCGUGGUGCCAAGUACCCACUAACAACUCCCAAACCUGUGCCGAUCAAUGUGCGAUUCAUUCUUCCUAUGUGUGAUCCAGAAAGCGAAAAAGAGUCUCUUGAGGAUGAGCUGGUGCGUUCGCUUUACCUCAAAGUAGAUGAUGCUGAUAAGUUAAUGAAGGAAACGGCAGUCAAACUGUUUGCGCUUGCUUGUAAAAAUGAGUGUGAACAGCGUGCGAAGGAGCUGGUGGAAACGAUUGCCUCGAGUCAGCUGAUUCCGCUGGUGAUUAAAUAUGCGAGCAAGAUUCGUCGGUAUCAUUUGGCAGAUAGUUUGGCACCCUUGUUGCCCACCUUUCAGGAUCUGGAAAUGCAGGAGGAAAAAUUGGAGCAGGAAAGCGUCCGAGAAAAUGCGGCCAUCGUAAACGAACUGCAGCACAUCAAUCUUGAGGCGAUCACUAAGAAAGAUAGCACACCGAAAAUAAAACCGCUUCCAGUUGGCACGAAAAAGCCGAACAACCCAUUCCGCAAAUCGACGCCAGCCGGGAACAACGAGGGUGGCAUAUCGUCACCCGCUUCGAGCUCGGGCCAUAACGAUGCCAACAGCAGCAGUAAUCCGUUGGAACAUUUGACCGGCAAAGCGAUUGGGUUUUCGGCCGCCCGCAACAGCAGUCCGAGCAUUGGCAGCAGCAGCAGCAGCAGGCUGACAUCGUCGAGCGACGGCGGACAGGACGAAAAUCGUCCACAGAACAGUGGCAUCUUUACGCCUGGUGGAGGCAUGAAGUUUCUACCUUGGUUUGAGCUAAACCGAGAAGAGUUGCAGAGACAGCAUCCGCAGACGACCGAAGCGGAACUCAUCAAAAUUGGUAUGCGUGAGUUCAAGACACAGCAGUCGAAAGGUCAACCGGGCACAUCAACCGCGGAAAGUGGAACACCCAAACGGAAACUUGAAGAAAACGAUCAGCCCGAAACUGGUGUGUCGAAAUUGGCAAAGUUUGGCUUCGUAAAGAAUGGUUAGCAACGUUAGGCACAAGGAGCCAUGAUGGAUGAUAAGAUUAUGUUAGUUAGCGCAUCAACAACUACUCGUAAGAACUGAAAGUACUAAAUCACGAUAGAAUCAUGUUUUUUUUAAACCAUUACUUUGUAGUCUCAUCGAAUGUUGCAUCGUUUAGAAGCAAUCAGAAAGAACGUCCGGAGUGAUUGGCGCAUCGUUAACCUCAAGGACAUUACUAUCGACAGCAGAGAGGCUCGACGGGAAUCGAUCGAAUA